GUGAUGUGUGGAGCUGCAAAACACGCAUAAAGGACCCUGGAAUCUCGAUGAGCGUUAAGUAGACCACGACUGGCGAGGUACCGCCCCAGAAACCCAAACACCCAUUCCUCGUAUUUGGUACAAUGGCUCAAACCCAAUUGCGCGUCGUCGUCGGCUGUGAUGAGGCUGGUGUUCAAUACAAGAACACACUCAAGGCUGACCUGCAAAAGGACCCGCGAGUUUCAGAGGUCAUCGAUGUCGGGGUCGUCGACUCGAAUGAGAAGACUGCGUACCCACAUGUCGCCGUCAAUGCUGCAAAGAAGAUUGCAGCAGGUGAGGCUGAUCGCGGCUUGCUGAUCUGCGGAACAGGUCUUGGGGUGGCCAUUUCUGCGAACAAAGUCCCAGGAAUACGCGCCGUUACUGCCCACGAUAGUUUCUCGGUCGAGCGUGCCAUCUUAAGCAACAACGCACAGGUUCUCUGCAUGGGUCAGCGUGUCGUUGGUAUCGAGCUUGCUCGCAGGCUUGCCAAGGAGUGGCUCGGUUACACUUUUGACAAGAGCUCCGCUUCGGCGGCUAAGGUUGCCGCGAUCUCUGAGUACGAGCAGGUGCCGGGAUCGUGUUCGUAAAUAGUCUGGAAGCGCGAUAGAUACCUAUCCCACUUAGAUACGGAAGAGAAGUACUUUCCGUUGUAAAUAUUCUAGUCCACCACUUUCUCAGCGUAUGUCGUAAAAAAGUAGCAUUCACGGAUGUCUUGGGACCGAAAUGAAGACACAUUGGUGCUUGAAAGAUCG